AUGGAGCAAACCAAAGCUCUCAAUGCUCUCGAGCCGUUCCUCGCCCUCGCCAGGUCCGCCACACACCCGCGAGCUGCUGCCGACCUCGUCACGCGAGCCACCUCGGCGCCCAACACGUACAUCUUCGCAGAGCUCCUCCAACAGCCCGAGAUCCAGGCCCUCGCAGACAGCCCCCAGUUCGGCUCGCACCUGGCCCUCCUCGAAAUCUUCUCCUACGGAACCUUCCAGACCUACCUCGACGCCGCGAAUCCCGUCCCGGAACUAAACGACGCUCAGACCCUCAAGCUCCGCCAGCUCUCUCUCCUCACCCUCGCCCGCGACAGAUCGAACCUGACGUACGAUGCGCUGCAGAAUGCGCUGGGCCUGGGGUCCGCCAGGGAGCUGGAGGACCUCGUCAUCACCGUCAUAUACGCCGGCCUGCUGCACGCGACUCUCGACCCUGCGCGCCAGGCUGUCCAUGUCACCAGUGUGGCUCCCCUGCGUGACCUCGCUCCUGGAUCCAUCCCGGACAUGAUUGCAGCUCUGAGGAGCUGGUCAGAACGAUGCACCUCGACGCUCAGCGACCUGGAAGCCAAAAUAGCCGCCAUUCGCGCCGAAUCCGCCGCCAGGGACAAGGAGAAGAGAGCUGCGGACAAGAGGAUUCAGGUUCUGGUUAGCGAGUCAAGAGAUUCCGAAAAGAAGCAUGACCUUCCCAGUCGAGAUGCUCUGCCUCGAAGAGGCUUACACAAGCGAGUCAUGGUGGAUGCGGGCAAUCCUGCGAAUGACGAUACAAUGGAUGUUGAUGAGUCUUCAGCUGCCGAGGACCAAAAGAAACGUUCGAGCAAGCGAAAAAUGUAA